UCACAAUUCUCUCUCUCUCUGCCAGAAUCUCCAACUCAAUCCAACACAGCAAAGCUCUCUGUGCAAUCAGAUCAAACCCCAAACACAGAGAGAGAGAGAGAGAGAAGCAAAGCAAAAUGGAAUCUGGGUUUAAUGAGAAGGACUUUCUAGCAUGCUGUGGAAGCACAAAAUUCGCCCAAGAAAUGGCUUUGGCAGCCCCAUUUGCCUCACUAGAACAAGCUGUGGCUGCGGCCACAGACAUUUGGUUCAACAAGGUUGAUGUCAGUGCUUGGCUUCAGGCCUUUUCUGCUCAUCCCCAGAUUGGAGAUUCUGCCCCUUCUUCUCAAUCCCAUCAUCAAACAACCAGUGCCCAGUGGAGUAAGGGGGAGCAGUCAACCGCUUUAGCAACUGCUACUGGUUCUAGCUUACAGGCACUCUCUGAAUGGAAUGCUCGGUAUAGGCAAAAGUUUGGAUUCAUAUUUAUUAUAUGUGCAUCUGGGAGAAGUACUGAUGAAAUACUUGCUGAAUUGAAGAAUCGGUACCCAAAUAGGCCUAUAGUUGAGUUUGAGAUUGCAGCUCAGGAGCAAAUGAAAGUAACAGAACUACGUCUUAAAAAGCUUUUUACAAGCAAAGCUAAAGUUUCUUCAACAAGUGACGAAUAUCCUGCAGUUUUUGCAAAGAAAGUAGAAGAAGAUCGUGUGAACAUUAUUGGAGGCCAUUUGACUGCCAAUUCUGAGAACACAGCUGGGAGAACAUCUGAAGUUCGAACUCGAACCCGUCCGCCCAUUACAACCCAUGUCUUGGAUGUUUCCCGAGGAUCUCCAGCGGCUGGUAUUGAGGUAUUUUUGGAAAAGUGGGAGGGCACUCAACCCCGUCCCUCAUUUGGUGUGACAUACACAAGUGGUUGGAAAGUUCUAGGUUCUUCAACUACAGAUAAUGAUGGACGAAGUGGUCAAUUGAUGAGCAUAGUUGAUGCAGUGGACCCAGGGAUAUACAGGAUAAGUUUCAACACGGGCAAGUACUGCCCAUCUGGGUUCUUUCCCUAUGCUUCUAUUGUGUUUGAAAUUAGAGAGUCACAAAAGAGGGAACAUUUUCACGUUCCUCUGCUGCUUUCACCAUUCUCCUUCUCUACUUACCGUGGAAGCUAGAACUCUGUUGUAUAUCAGUUGACAAAUGAAUACGCUGUAUUCCUGCUACAAAUUUCCUAGAAUGAAUAACAUAGUAAAUAUUUGAAAACUCAUUGUUCGAAUGUGAAACAAGUUCUAAAGAGUUUGAUAAUAAUAUUGAAUAUGCUAUCUUUGCUACUGUAA